AUGGAUAUGUCAAAAGGUAAAUACGUGUAUUUGGUAGACCCAAAUGGGCACUCCAAAAGCCGGCUGUGGCGCUCCGGCCAUUACUUCACAGAGUGGGCGUUCUUCAAGCCUAAAUUCCAUCUAACGGCGAAGAAAGGCUUCAAGGAUCGUGAGUUGAGGAAGUGGGCAUCUUAUAAACAGUUCUCAACGUGGCUGUUUUAUACAGACAAGGGAGAAGACGUACGCUGCGUAGUUGCCCACCUCCCCUUCCAGAAGGCCCCACCACCCCAGGCACAGUUAGAUCGUGGAGACGACAUCAGUCCCGAGCUGGACAUGAACGCACAGACCGACCUGCCUGAGCUGCCACCUGCCGGACAGGAGGACUCCCUGCACCUGGAGGCACAAGUCGCUCCCACCGUGUCAUCCAACCAGCAAGCGUUGGUACCAGUCGCUCCCACCGUGUCAUCCUACCGGCACCGGCAGGCAUCAGUCACCCUCACCAUGUCAUCCUACCUGCACCCGCAGGCAUCAGUCACCCUCACCAUGUCAUCCUACCUGCACCCGCAGGCACCAGUCACCCCGACCGAGUCCUCCUACCUGCAAGCGUUGGUACCAGUCGCUCCCACCGUGUCAUCCAACCAGCAAGCGUUGGUACCAGUCGCUCCCACUGUGUCAUCCUACCUGCAAGUGUUGGUACAAGUCGCUUCCACCGUGUCAUCCAACCUGCAAGCGUUGGUACCAGUCGCUCCCACCGUGUCAUCCAACCAGCAAGCGUUGGUACCAGUCGCUCCCACUGUGUCAUCCUACCUGCAAGUGUUGGUACAAGUCGCUUCCACCGUGUCAUCCAACCAGCAAGCGUUGGUACCAGUCGCUCCCACUGUGGCAUCCAACCUGCAAGCGUUGGUACCAGUCGCUCAGACCGUGUCAUCCUACCUGCAAGCGGUGGUACCAGUCGCUUCCACCGUGUCAUCCAACCUGCAAGCGUUGGUACCAGUCGCUCCCACCGUGGCAUCCAACCUGCAAGCGUUGGUACCAGUCGCUCAGACCGUGUCAUCCUACCUGCAAGCGGUGGUACCAGUCGCUCCCACCGUGUCAUCCUACCUGCAAGCGUUGGUACCAGUCGCUCCCACUGUGUCAUCCAACCUGCAAGCGUUGGUACCAGUCGCUCCCACCGUGUCAUCCUACCUGCUACCGGGGGAAACAGAGAGCUCCACCUUGUCGUCCUCCCGUGCGUCCUCCCUGACGUGGGUAACAUCCAUGAGUACUGCGGGCUCGCUCUACUCCUGGACAGGCUCAGACACCGACACGUUUAGUCACAAGUCCUCCGCCUCUGCAGGACUCCCCACUGACAAUCCACCAGUGAAGAAGGGCGGGAUCCCUGCAUGGAUGCUAGGUGACCUGAUGGCUGCAGCCCAGGAUAAGGGCUACAGGCUGAACCUGUGUGAGGGGUACCUCAGAGGAGGGUACGGAUCUGUGCUUUUCGGCGCUGUUGGCUCGAAGCAUCUCCUGCGGCACAAGGAGGUGAUGGACUCGGCCAUACAUAACGGCCACAACAAGAUUGCUUUUAAAGUAAUACAAUAUGCGAGCCGCAUCAACGGAAAGACAGUGAUUGACGAAUCACAGGUGUCGACCAUCCAGGCUGAGCUGAUGGUUCUCAACAAGACCAGAGACAAACCGCACCCUAAUGUGCUGAAUCUGUAUGAAACCUGGGUGAAUGAUAUAAUCACCAUCCUGGUGUGCCCCAAAGCGGAAGGCGGCGACUUGUGCUAUUUUGUUGAGGAGAACAAGCCGUGCUGCUGUGAGAACUGGCUCCAGUGCACCUGCACAACUGGACUGCCUGAGAGCGUCGCACGUAACUUCUUCUGCCAAAUCAUCAGUGGGGUCAAGUAUCUUCACCACAAGGGGAUCUACCACCGUGACCUCAAGCUCGAAAACAUUCUGCUGGAUAGGUUCCGCAAUGCAAAGAUAUGUGAUUUCGGGUUAGCCAUCAAGUACCGACGACCUCUUGGUCACUUCAAGGUCCUACGAGAGUGCGUAGGAACUCACCCUAAUAUCUGUCCUGAGGCGAUCCGAGGACACAAAUAUUCACCUAAGCAGGGAGACCUGUACGCCUUAGGGACCCUUUUGCAUCACAUGGGAGUAGGCCGCCGUAUCUAUAACGUGCCAUACAAGGAGGCCAAUGAUGUGCAGGCUAAAGCAGUUCUCAAACAAAUGUACCGAUGGCGGGGCCGGCCCCCCAUCUGCCAGGAGUUUGUCUCAUCAGAUCUCGUCAAGUUGAUCCACGCCCUUACUAAUGAGGAAGGGAACAGGCGGCCAAAGCUAAAGACAGUCCAAAAAUCUCCCUGGCUCCUGAAUGGAGAGAAAACUGCCCCACAUGAGAUCGACGAGGCCUGCUUGGCUCACAGAAAGAAAGUCCUGACAGUCCGGCUGGAGAAAGAAAAGAACCCGGACAAGAUAAGGAGGAUUAGGUUGCUCCUUACGGGCCUGGUCACUGAGGAGCAGACUUCUGGAGACAGAACAUCAGGAGAGGAGGGAAACAGUGGUGACAUGGAGGACAGAACAUCAGGAGAGGAGGGAAACAGUGGUUACAUGGAGGACAGAACAUCAGGAGAGGAGGGAAACAGUGGUGACAUGGAGGACAGAACAUCAGGAGAGGAGGGAAACAGUGGUUACAUGGAGGACAGAACAUCAGGAGUCAGGAGGGAAACAGUGGUGACAUGGAGGACAGAACAUCAGGAGAGGAGGGAAGCAGUGGUGACAUGGAGGACAGAACAUCAGGAGGGGAGGGAAGCAGUGGUGACAUGGAGGGCAGACACAGCAGCAUCCCUGCAGGAACAGCCCAUUGUCACCUGUCAUUAUAGGGGGGACUGAACCAUGGAU